AUGUGAACGUUACCAUGGAAACAUACAUAAACGAUAGCUUACGUUAGCUGACAGAAGGGACCGCUGCGACGAAUUUAGUAGAUUAAAGACAAACGUUUUUGCACUGCUAAAACUUUUCUAGUAUAACAACAUAUUACUUUAACCUGCUACUAUAUUUUAGGCGAUGUCCACUGCUGAAAUACAAAACGCGAUGGGAGAUAAAGCUGAGGCAGCAACUGAAAUUAUAGGUGGAGAUGCCGAAAGGAUUUCAGCUAAAAUUGGAAAAGAUGCCACGUUAAAGAACGUCGAACAGGAAAAAUAUCAAACCCCAUCUCGGGAGCAACAAGGCAUAAAAUCAGGACCACGAAUGACCAAAAUGUUUCUGAAGGACCACUGUAAGCAGAACAAACUUUACUUUACACCUUGUCUGAAUGAUACCUUAUAUCUGCAUUUCAAAGGUUUCACCACCAUUGAGAAUUUAGAUGAGUACACAGGACUGAAGUGUCUCUGGUUGGAGAGCAAUGGCCUUCAGAGAAUUGAGAACCUGGACGCCCAGACGGACCUGCGCAGCUUGUUCCUUCAGCAGAAUCUCAUAUGCAAGUUGGAAAACCUCGAACAUCUAAAAAGGCUCUGCACUCUGAAUGUCUCCAACAACUACAUCCAGGUCAUAGAGAACAUCUCCUGCCUUCCCGACUUGAGCACCCUGCAGAUUGCCCAUAACAAACUGGAAACUGUGGGGGACAUCGAGCACCUGAGUCAGUGUCUGGCCAUCAGUGUGCUGGACCUAUCACACAACCUGUUAAAUGACCCUGACAUCGUCUCUGUACUUGAGGCCAUGCCCGAAUUGCGAGUGUUGAAUCUAAUGGGAAAUGAGGUGGUGAAAAAAGUCCCCAACUACAGAAAGACUAUGAUUGUACGCCUCAAGCAGCUUACCUUCCUCGACGAUCGCCCUGUGUUUCCCAAAGACAGGGCAUGUGCAGAGGCAUGGGCAGUGGGAGGGUUGGAGCAGGAGCGUAAAGAGAGGGACCAGUGGGAAACACGGGAAAGGAAGAAAAUUCAGGACAGUUUGGACGGUAUAGCAAUGAUUCGAAAGAGAGCUCAGGAGAAGCAACAUCUGCAAGAGCUGCAAGACAAAGUGGAGAUUGAGGUUUCCAGCAACCCUAGUGAGGAAAAUGACACACAGGUUUUGAUCUCAUCACAAGAAGAGAAAUUUGAAACCUUUGUGCAGGACAGCCUAGACGCCCAUGAAGAGUUUCUACGAAGUCAGGCAACGUAUGCACUCAGGGAACAGCAACAGUCAGCUAAAGCCCUUCAAAAACAGCAGUUAGAUACAUUUGACCAAGCUCAGUCUGCAACCGAAGACAAAGAAGGAAAGAAUUGUGACCAGUCAGCAAAAGAGCACAAGGAUACAGCAGCAGACAUAAUUGAAAGGGGUCAAGAACAAAAGCAAAACAACAAAAAGCCAAAGGAGUCAGGUGACAUCCAGUUUACUGUAAAUGAAGCAGAUAGUCAGUGGGGAAGGCUCAUUGAGACGUAUGAUAAGAAACGACCACCUCUUAGUGGGGCAGCUCUUUCUGACUCAAACAAAGUUGCUGCACCUGCACAUUGUCCUGGACCACUUAUCACUGAGCUAGAGGAUGAAGAACAUCUAGAAACUAUAUACCUUCCUCCCCAUCGCUCAAUGUGCAUUGAUGACCUGCCGGAUCUGGAGGAUGUGGACACGGAGGAUUUUAGUUCAGCUUUCUGUUCUCAGCAGGUCUUCAAACCAAAAAUAGAGGUCAUUUCAGCAGGCAGUGAUGAGGAUGAGGCCAUCCCCAUUGUUAGUCCAGACAAAUGUUCAGUGGUUGUGGGAGCCUCCACCAGUUCUUCACACGUGCAUGCAGAUCAUUGGGAUGCCCUUCAGACAGACAUAUCUAAACCAGUGGGAGGAACCCGGCCAAACCAGACCUCCUCUCCACCACGUUGCCUGAUUGAGGAACUGGAAUGACAUUUUCAAGAGCCAUGCAUCUCAAAGGAAAAGUCCAGCAACAAAAUGUUUUAAUUGUGACAGUCAGCAGACCUGUUGUGACUCCAGAAUUAGUCCAAUUUGAGUGCAGCAUUUAUUUGACUUUUCAAAUGUUUCCAUUUUGAAAUGUAAAUGUUAUAGCAAAAUGAUUUGGUUUGUGUAAAAAAUAAAAUAAAUCUUUUAAA